AUGGCAACGGUUGUUGGAUCGAAAAGAAAAGAAGAGAAAGGGGCCGCGGCGAACUCAGCGGCAUCGUUCCUUCCAGGUUUCAUGUUUAGGCCCACGGAGGAGCAACUCAUAAACCACUACCUGAGGUUGAAGAACGAGGGCCAUGAGUCCGAGGUCCAGUUAAUUGGCGAGGUAAACUUUUACGACUAUGAGCCCUGGGAUUUGCCUGAGUUGUCGGUCAUAAAGUCGGACCAACGGGAGUUGUUCUUCUUCCGCCGGCUUGACGACCAGAGGGAUGCUGGCGUCCUACUCCCUAGUCUUCCGCACAGCAAAAUUGCUAGUAAUCUGGGCUUCAAAAUUGGUGACAAUCCAGGCAAAAAUACUCUGGAUUUACAUCAUUGGCGAACCGAUUCCCAUCGUUGGCAAACCACCACGGCGGGCUAUUGGGAAAGCACAGGUAAGGACUUUCCUAUCCGGUCCAGCAGGUCGUCCAGUGACAUUGGUAUGAGGAAGACCUUGGUUUUCUAUAAGGGCCAUGUUCCCAAUGGCACGCGCACUGAUUGGAUCAUGCACGAGUAUAGGGCCACCAAGGGGUGCCUUACUGCGACCCGCCCUCAACAGGAUCAACGUGGGGUGUCCUGGCCUAAAUCACUUCCAUCUCUUCCAAGCCUGAUUCUACCAGGAAAAAGACUUUCACAAGCAAAGAGCAAAAAUGAAUGCAUCCCAACUGGUCCUUUUGUGAAAACACCAUCUUCUGAUGGUUACAACUGGCGAAAAUAUGGUGAGAAGGGUUUGUUGAGUGGUGCUCUUAGUUAUUAUAGGUGCGCUUCUCGUGGAUGUUGCGCAAAGAAAAGGCAUAGCUUUGAUCACUCGGGGCGUGAAAUAGAGGUGCAUUAUGAAGGCAAACAUAAUCAUGAUAUACCUUGCCAGGUAGGAUUCUUCUUUCUGCUUUCUCUUGAUGCUUUCACUGUUUUGCUCUUGUUUUGUAACUAA